AUGGGCGACCAGCUUCAAGCGCCACAAAAGCCGUCGCCGGAACCAUCCAUAUCGCACGGGCGAGGCGGUGCUGGCAACAUCAACCCGGACGCCACAAAGUACGUCGACGGUGAGGUGACAAGGACGGGCGUUGAGGGCACGCAUGGUGAUGGGGCGUAUAGCACGGGACGAGGAGGCGCUGCCAACAUCGGCGACAAGGGCGUCAGCUCGACGGGCCGCCUUGACAAGGACAACGUUCCCGAGUCGGCCGUGAGGCCAUCCACCGAAGGCAAAGAUUUCCACGUCGGGCGUGGCGGCGCGGGCAAUGAGCACAUUUCCCCUGCUGCUGCUGCUGCUGCCGACAAGAAGACCCAGGAUCAUCCGACGGGGCUGGCUGACAGGUUGAAGGCUAAGCUGUUUGGGGCCUUCAAAAAGUGA